GACCGACUUGCGUAGUCUUCGCACGGCGUCCACAGUCCGCCCGCUCUCUCUCUCUCUCUCUCUCUCUCCCUCCCUCUAUGGCCGGCCGGAGGGGAGAAGAGGAAACCGGGAUCGUUGUCGUCGGGACCGCAGCGCCUGUGGAGGCCGCGGCUAUGAUUUAACCCCGGGGGGAGGGGGGAGCGGCGAGGGGGGACCCGGGAGAACGACGACGGGUGAACGCGGGCAGAGGAGCGAGCAGCAGCAGCAGCCGCCGCCGCUGGAGAUGUGCUGUCGGGCCGAGGUUGCGGCGGUAUCCCUGUCUAGGCCUGGACUGAGCAGAUUGUUCUGAGAGGAAGCGGAUAACAAACAGGGGAAGUGAACAUGGCUGGGACCUCUGGCUUCUUUUCCAACGGACCUGUGCCGUGGAUGGACAACGACACGGAGAUGAACAACCUGUACCGAGACCUGGAGCUGGGCACAGUACUGACGCUGUUUUAUUCCAAGAAGUCCCAGCGGCCGGAGAGAAGGACAUUUUUAGUCAAGCUGGAGACCCGGACCAUUGUCUGGACUCGGAGCACGGAUAAAAUAGAGGGAGAGAUCGACAUCCGGGAGAUAAAGGAGAUCCGUCCCGGACAGAAGUCCCGGGACUUCGAGCGCUAUGUGGAGGACUCGGCGGCUCGCCUGGAUCAGGCUCACUGCUUCGUCAUCCUGUACGGCACCGAGUUCCGCCUCAAAUCGCUCAGCCUGGCAGCGACGUCGGAUGAGGAGAUGACCAUGUGGGUGAAGGGGCUGAACUGGCUGGUGGCCGACACGCUCAAGUCUCCAACGCCGCUUCAGAUAGAAAGGUGGUUACGGAAGCAGUUUUACGCAGUUGAUCGCAACAGAGAAGACAGGAUAUCCUGUAAGGAUCUGAAGAGCAUGCUGAGCCAGGUCAACUACAGGGUGCCCAACAUGAGGUUCCUCCGAGAGAAACUUCCGGACUCAGAGUUGAGGAACGGAGACGUGUCCUUCAGCCAGUUCGCCCAGCUGUACCGUAGCCUCAUGUUUGAUGCUCAGAAAAACAUGGAACUCCCAUUUCUACAAAGGUUCGCCGACAGACCAGAACAGAGGAUCUCCUUAGAAGACUUCAAGAACUUCCUUCUGGAUUCCCAAAAGGAGCAGUGGGCCACAGACAACAACAAGGUGCAGGAGUUUAUGUUCAGCUACCUGAAAGACCCCCUGAGAGAGGUGGAGCAGCCUUAUUUCCAUCAAGACGAGUUUCUCACCUACCUGUUCUCCAAGGAGAACACCAUCUGGGACUCGUCUCUGGACCAGGUCUGUCCAGAGAACAUGAACAACCCGCUGUCCCACUACUGGAUCUCCUCAUCGCACAACACCUACCUGACGGGAGACCAGUUUUCCAGCGAGUCGUCUCUGGAGGCGUACGCUCGCUGUCUGCGGAUGGGCUGCCGCUGCAUUGAACUGGACUGCUGGGAUGGUCCAGACGGAAUGCCAGUCAUCUACCACGGACACACCCUCACGACAAAAAUCAAGUUUUGCGAUGUGCUGACCACCAUCAAGGAGCACGCCUUCGUCACGUCCGACUAUCCCAUCAUCCUGUCCAUCGAGGACCACUGCAGCAUCGUGCAGCAGAGGAAUAUGGCCACCCACUUCAAGAAGGUGUUCGGGGACAUGCUGCUGACCAAGGCGGUGGAUAUCGCCGCAGACGGUCUGCCCUCACCCACCCAACUCAAGAGGAAGAUCCUCAUCAAGCAUAAGAAGCUCGCAGAAGGCAGUGCCUACGAGGAGGUGUCCACCUCCACUCCUUACUCAGAGAACGACAUCAGCAACUCCAUCAAAAAUGGCAUCCUGUACCUGGAAGAUCCCAUCAACCAUGAGUGGUACCCUCAUUUCUUUGUCCUGACCAGCAGUAAAAUCUACUACUCAGAGGAGACCUCCAGUAAUCAGGGCAACGACGACGAAGAGGAGCACAGAGAGGUCUCCAACGGUAUGGACCAGCACGUGACGGAGAAGUGGUUCCACGGAAAGCUCGGCGCCGGCCGGGACGGGCGGCAGAUCGCCGAGAGGCUGCUGUCCGAGUACUGCCUGGAGACCGGCGCUCCGGACGGUUCCUUCCUGGUCCGAGAGAGCGAGACCUUCGUGGGCGACUACACGCUGUCCUUCUGGCGCUCGGGCCGCGUGCAGCACUGUCGCAUCCACUCCCGGCAGGAGGCGGGCAGCCCCAAGUUCUACCUGACCGACAACCUGGUGUUCGACACGCUCUUCGCCCUCAUCAACCACUACCAGCAGGUGGCGCUGCGCUGCAACGAGUUCGAGAUGAAGCUGACCGAGCCGGUGCCGCAGACCAACGCCCACGAGAGCAAAGAGUGGUACCACGCCAACCUGUCCAGGAGCCACGCGGAGAACAUGCUGAUGAGGGUUCCCCGUGACGGCGCUUUCCUGGUCAGGAAGAGGGCGGAGCCCAACUCCUUCGCCAUUUCGUUCAGGGCCGAGGGGAAGAUCAAGCACUGCCGCGUGCAGCAGGAGGGUCAAACCGUGGUGCUGGGAACCUCCGAGUUUGACAGCCUGGUGGAUCUCAUCAGCUACUACGAGAAGCAUCCCCUGUACCGCAAAAUGAAGCUGCGCUACCCCAUCAACGAGGACACACUGGAGAAGAUCGGCACUGCUGAGCCGGACUACGGGUCGCUGUACGAGGGCAGGAACCCCGGAUUCUACGUGGAGGCGAAUCAGAUGCCGACGUUCAAGUGCACGGUGAGAGCCAUGUACGAGUACAAGGCCCAGAGAGACGACGAGCUCUCCUUCACCAAGAACGCCAUCAUCUCUAAUGUGGACAAGCAGGAAGGAGGAUGGUGGAAGGGAGACUGCGGAGGGAAGAAGCAGCUCUGGUUUCCCGCCAACUACGUGGAGGAGAUCAGCCCGUCAGCAGCCGAGCCCGACAGGACGGAGAUGACAGAGAACAGCCCUCUGGGGGAUCUGCUGAGAGGAAGCGUGGACGUGUCUUCCUGUCAGAUCGUGGUGCGUCCCGACGGGAAGGGCAGUCGGCCUCACGUCUUCUCCCUGGUGCCCAACACGUCCAUGCGGACCGGCCCGGUGCUGGAGGUCGCCGCCAGCAGCCUGGAAGAGCUCAAGGAGUGGGUGUUCAAGAUCCGCGAGGUCACCAUGACUUCAGAGGCCAAAUUGGAGGAGGGGAAGAUGAUGGAGAGGAGGAAGAAGAUCGCACUGGAACUGUCAGACCUGGUCAUCUACUGCCGACCUGUGCCGUUCGAUGAAGACAAGAUCGGCACGGAGCGAGCCUGUUUCCGGGACAUGUCGUCCUUCCCGGAAACCAAGGCGGAGAAGUACGUCAACAAGAUCAAGGGGAAGAAGUUCCUGCAGUACAACCGGCUGCAGCUCUCCAGGAUCUACCCCCGAGGUCAGAGGCUGGACUCCUCCAACUACGACCCGCUGCCCAUGUGGCUCUGCGGCUCCCAGCUGGUGGCGCUCAACUUCCAGACCGCAGACAAGCCCAUGCAGAUGAACCAGGCCCUGUUCAUGCUGAACGGACGCAGCGGCUACGUCCUGCAGCCGCCCAUCAUGAGGGACGACCACUUCGACCCCUUCGACCGACACACGCUGCGAGGCCUGGAGCAGGUCACUCUGGAGAUAGAGGUCCUGGGCGCCCGGCACCUCCCCAAACACGGCCGCGGCAUCGUCUGCCCCCUGAUCGAGAUCGAAGUGUGCGGGGCGGAGUACGACAGCGCCAAGCAGAAAACCGACUCCGAAGCCGAUAACGGUCUGAACCCCACGUGGCCGCGGAAGCCGUUCCAGUUCACCGUGUGCAACUCCGCCUUCGCCUUCCUGCGCUUCGUGGUGUACGAGAUCGACAUGUUCAGCGACCAAAACUUCCUGGCUCAGGCGACAUUCCCCAUCCACGGACUCAAGACCGGUUACCGGUCGGUCCCUCUGAAGAACAGCUACAACGAGGACCUGGAGUUGGCGUCGCUGCUGGUGCACAUGGACAUCAUCAGAGGCAGGGAUGAGAACGGGGAGGUUCUGAGUCCGUUCCUGGCGGCCGGAGCCACGUCGACGGCGUCGGCCCAGGCGGGCCGGGAGCGCUUCGGGGAGCUGGGCUCCGUGUCGUCCUCGUCCUCCAUGUCCCCGCUGCCCCAGUCCCCCCCGCAGGCCCAGGCUCAGGCGGCGGCGGCAGCGGCGGCGGCGGCGUACCGGGGGAGGGAGGGCUCCUUCGACUCCCGCUACCAGUCCCCCAUCGACGACUUCAGGGUGUCCCAGGAGGCGCUGCUGGACCACAUGGAUCCCCAGAACAGGAGGAUGUUGCGGAGGACCAGAGUGGGCGGAGAAAACCGCGUCUAAGUCCAAGCCAAUCAGGAAGCGUUUCUGUUGCACCCCCCCCCCCCCCCCCCCCACUCCCCACAAGCCGCCUCCGCGCCCCCCACCCCCCCCACCCCACCCACCCACCCUCUACCCGUACUGAUGAUGUCACUGACUGCUGUGAACACUGUUUCCAUGGAAACGCCCACCACCGCUUUGGCCUACAUUUCAGGCAGCUCUCCCUCCCUCCCCCCUCCCUCCACACCGCUCGCCUGAAGGGAAGGAGGGACCCGGACCAGUGGGGGUGGGGCGGGUGGUGGUGGAAAGGGGGGGGGGGGGCCUCGCUGAGAGGAAGCCGACCGCCACAGACAGGAAGACGAGACUGACAGCGGUGGAUCAGUGGACGUGCCGGGCGCGGAGGGAAAGAGAGAGCUGUACAUGGUGUCAGUUCCAAACUCUUUUCACUUCACUUUCUUUGCUCUUCUCUAUUUGGCGUAUAUGAAAAAAAAAAAAACCAACAAAAAACAAAUAUAUAUAUAUACAUAUAUAUAUAUAUUUAUUCCUGCUGUGCUGUUGGCCGGAGAUCAGCAGCGGCUGACCUGCUCUCAAAGAGCUCCCGUCUCCAUGUUUUUAAUUAUUAUAAUUAUUUAAACCUUUAAACAUUCAUAAUGUGACUUCUCAUUUUUAAUUGUAUAUGUGUCAAACAUGAGGGCUCUCUAUGGCUGUUUUUAAUGUCUCUCUCUCUCCUCCGCUUUAGAGCGCCUCCGGUUUAACUCCGACCCAAAACCUGGAGCGAUAUUAACGAGUUUUGUUUAUAUAUAUAUAUAUAAAGCAUCAGGAAGAAGCCAGUUCAUGUUGGAAGUAUUGCGAGAGCAGGCGGCGUCGUAUGCUACACUUAUAAACAGGCGUUUGUGUUUUAGUAUUUCUAACUUACAUUCCGAAAAAAGAAGGAAAAAAAAAAGAGACACGCCACAAAACUGCACAUCAUUCCAUUUUUUGGCAUCUUUUACAAAGCCAGUCACGCUCACUGAGACGCCGGCGCCGCUCGGUGAGCGUCGAGCAUCUCGCACCCCCCCCCCACUCAAGUGACGGCGUAAGGAGGUGGUGGGGGGGGCCGUCAACCGAAGCAGGACCAGGGACAACAGCCAAGCCUGCCGCCAUCGUUUUGUUCCCAUCUGCACGUCAUUCCGCUCGGUUUUCUGAUUCGCUGCUCGUCUCUGCGGUUUGAGGCGCGUUCGUCUCAAACGCCAUAAAUGCUGUCAUUGUGAAAACCGAGCAUCGAGAUUGUAAGAAAAGGAUUGAGUUAACUAUGCAGCUCUGCGUUCCCAGGAUUUAUGAUGCAGCAUGUUGAAAAUCUGGGUUUUUUUUUUUUUUUUUUUUUUAAACCAACAAUUUAAAUCUUAAUACAAUGUCUGGCUGCUUCAUCCACCCUCAUGUGUUGUAAUCCGUUCAUUAUAAUGGAUUAAAAACUAAAGAAUGUCCAACAGAUGUGUAUAUAAAUGAAAGAAAUCCUUUUGAGGAGGGAAAAAAUAAGAUUUUACUACAGUGUCGGUCAGCGUUUGUAAAAUAUGAGUUUUCCAUAUUUGACAUAGAAAUCCAGUAUUAUUGGCCACAGAGAGGGUUGAGUUGCCGGGAAAGAUCCUCAGAUCGGGUCGGUGUUGCAGCAUCACAGAGACAGAAGUGUUUCCUCCAGUUUCGAGGAGUUUUGCUGAAAAUCUGAGUAUUUCCAGAGAAUUCCAGAGAAUGUCAAAGUCUCUCCACCGCUUCGGACCGGUCCGGUUUCCCCUCAGAAAGUUGCAGUCAUGCGAUUUCCUGAGUCGCUUGGCGCUUUGAUGUGGCUGCGUUUUUGCAGCCGACGGCGACGUGUUUGACUCCCCACGGCGUUUUGCUCUGCCUGUAGCUGACAGACGCACCUAAAGCCAUACAGCUCGACUCGACGGCAGCAGGGUCCGGAACAAAUCUGCAGCAUGUCGACGUGUCAGCACCCCGAUAUGAGCGUCAGAAAACUUGAUUUAUUUUUCCUUUUUUCUGGUCAAGCGAUGCCUCCGUCUGCCGACCCGUGCGUCCCUGACCCUGCUGUUGACCCCUGAACCCCCACCGAGCUGUAAUGAGGUUUAACCAAUCAGAUUAAGUAAAUGUGCGGGCGCAGAUUGCCUGCAACACUUUCUUUUUUUUAAAUGCCUGUUUUUUCUUUCUCCUGUUUUGUCUGUUUCGUUAGCGACCGCCUCAUUUACAAUCGCCUUUCUGUAAUGUGCCUAAACUAUGGAGAGGAAGAGUAUUCAUUUUAAUUUUGCCUUUCAUAUGAAACAUAUUCAAGCCUGAAAAGUAAAUAAAAUACUUAACUACUU